AUGUUGUAUCUUUUAGUUGUCACCUGCACCAGUCUAGGAAGUCCUUCCAACGGUGCUAAAUCCGGGACAGCAAGAACCUUCGGUUCAGUCGUGUCGUUUUCGUGUAAUACCGGCUACAAACUGACAGGCUCAACAGCGAGAACUUGCCAAGCUGGCCGCUCAUGGAGCGGCACUCAACCAUCAUGUACAGUUGUUAAGUGUGUGACGCUGCCAGCUCCUGCUAACGGCUUUAGAACGGGAAGCAGUACAAACUACGGCAAUACCGUCGUGUUUACGUGCUCGAACGGAUAUUCGCUGAGUGGCUCGACGUCUCGAACUUGUCAAGCAGACGCCACGUGGAGCGGCACACAACCAACAUGCAAUGCAAAGAGUUGUGGCACGUUAUCAGCACCAGCACGUGGCAAGAUAUCUUGCGGCAGUGGAAGGGCAUUUGGUGUGACACUAAAAUUUGAAUGCAAUGUUGGAUACAAGAUAUCGUCGGGCAGCGUCUCGCGUACGUGCGUUGCAUCGUCGCGUGGCACAGUUUACUGGUCUGGUUCUCAACCAGUUUGUACCAUAAUUAAUUGUGGCAAGUUAAGUUCUCCUACCAAUGGAAUCAAAUCCGGCACGUCGACUACAUACGGAGCUAGAGUUAGAUUUUCUUGUGUUUCGGGUUACAGCCUGUCAGGAUCGAGUAGCAGGACUUGUCAAGCAGACGGAACGUGGGGAGGAAUUCAACCUACUUGUAAAAUAAGAAACUGCUUGACGUUGGUGGCUCCGAAGUACGGGAGCCUUUCGCAUGCCGGACAGACGUAUGGCAUUACUGUGACUGCCAAGUGUUGCCGCGGUUAUCGAUUGAGUGCGGGCUCCAGCAGUCGUAAAUGCGUAGCAGCUAGUGAUGGAUCUGUGAAAUGGACAGGAACAAAUGCAGUAUGCACGAUAAUGGAUUGUAAGGGUCUUCCGGCUCCACUCAACGGAUUCAGAGUCCAAAAGUUGACAACGUUUGAAGCAGCCAUUAGUUUUUCUUGUGCGACGGGAUACAGACUGCUGGGAUCUUCUGUACGUCGAUGUGGAGCAGACGGAAAAUGGGAUGGAACACAGACGACGUGCCAAAUUGUUGACUGCGGUUCUCUCGACGCACCUAGAAAUGGCAGAAAGAGUGGAGUAGCCACUACUUACCGCUCGGUCGUGCGUUUCUCGUGCGUCACAGGCUACAAACUGAUCGGAUCGACUUCCAGAAAAUGCCAGUCGGACGGAUCGUGGGCAGGAAAACAGCCAAUCUGCGAACUGGUCGAUUGUGGGUCUCUUUCAAUUCCUGUCAACGGUAGUCUCGUUGGUCAAGGUACCGCUUAUAAAGCGUCGGUGACCUUCUCGUGCCUCGGUGGUCAUCAUAUGGUCGGAUCUGCUGUGCGGUCGUGUCAAUCAGACGGCACGUGGAGUGGAAUUCAACCAAUCUGUGAAAUUCGCUACUGCGUCGAUCCCGGAUUGCCUACGAACGGCAAAAGAGACUCCGACGCUCGCAUCUAUGGCACUUCGAUCAAUUUCCGUUGUCAACCUACAUUUACACUGGUCGGUGAAAAGACGAUUCAAUGCAUCGAGAUCAGCACUAAUCCUGUUCGAGUCGCCUGGUCGGCACCGACGCCUACCUGCGAUGUCAUUCCAGAAAUAAAUCUUACAUUCACAAACGAUUCUCUUAGUACGCAGGAGGACGUUCCCGAUAUCGUCUAUUCCCCGGCUAUCACAUUCGCUCGAGAUGCUCUGAAAAUUGACUGCGUGUCUUUAAAAGGACAACCGAGUCCGAACAUGAUGUGGAGUGUAGACGACCGGGUUAUCGGUAGCUCCAAAUCGGAUGAUGUUUACACGCAAAGCGUCGUCACGUCGGACGGUUACACUUCACUGCAACUCGUCGUACAACGGCUUGAUGCUAAACAACAAGGAAACUACACGUGCUCGAGUACAAACAGAGCAGGCAACACUAGCUCGACAUUCACCCUUUUACUGCAAGUUCCGCCUACUGAUCCAAUCCUAAAAACAGUACAUGUACUGAACGGUACUAGCGUGCUCGUCUCGUGGCAAGCAUCCGUCUUCAACGGUUACAGUCUGAUCACCGGGUACAGUGUCGAGUACAGAGAUCGGGCGGUGGGGAUAUGGGUGCUGGCCAGCAAUGGAAACGUUGCCGCAUCGGUCAACGCGUUCGUCGUGAUCGACUUGCAUCCGUUUACUCAUUACGAGUUUCGAGUGCGAGCGAGAAAUAAGAUUGGAUUUGGAAAGUACAGCGUGCCGAGCACAACAGUGGAAACGAUGCAGACAGCACCUACCACACCACAAGCAGUCACUGUGGUAGCUCUGAGUGCCUCCUCCAUAAAGGUGUCGUGGUUAGAGCCUCGACCAGCUAAUGGUCUCAUCACUGGCUACAGACUCACUUAUGUCGACGAAAGUUUUCCGAUUAUUGGUCUCGUUUCUUCACCGAUUUACUUUAAUGGAUCGGUCCAUAGCGUUGUUAUCGACGGACUGAAACCGUACAGAAAAUAUAGUGUCGUUGUACAAGCUAAAACUGAGGAACCACCCGGUCACUCACUCUGGGGUGUCGUGUCAACACACACGUAUGUCGUUACCAUGUCGGCAAAACCGUCUAUUCCACCGACUGACGUGAUUGCAACGUCAGGAACAACUAGCAUCUCACUAUCAUGGCAGCCUCCUAGAGCUGAAGAAGUCAACGGUAUCGUUUUAGGAUAUAGAAUUCAAUAUGUCACUUCUAAACCUGCUACCACCCACAGUAUUGUGGUGGACAACAGCACAUUUACAUUCAAUUUGACGGUUCUUGCUCCUCACACUGUCUAUACCAUUACCGUCUAUCUGAUUAAUCCCUCUGGUGAAAGCCCGGCAAGCGACGACGUGAUCGUCAAGACUGGAGAAGCUCCACCUCUUUCGGCUCCCUACAACAUCUCAGUGCGAUCUCUGUCAUCCACGAGCAUUGAAGUGACGUGGUCGACUCUGUUGUCUCAUCACGUUCCAGGCAUACUAGAUGGAUUUGACAUUUACUACACAGAUGAGCAGGGACACGAAUAUCAUCAGAAGGUGAACGGCUCCUACACGACAAGUGCUGUCAUCACAAAUCUCCACAUCUUCUCGACUUACUCUAUUUCUAUGGCGGCGAGAACAGGCGGUGGAAUCGGACCGAGAGGACCAUCUUUCCCGAUUGUUGUCACAACAAUGGAGGACAAGCCCAGUGCUCCUACGGCCGGGAGUGGCAUAACUGUGACGACCAUAUCGUCUACUAGUGUACGAGUAAGAUGGGGAACACCAGACAUUUCUAAUGGAAUCAUCGUCGGUUACGUCGUCUUCUAUUGGAAUCAGACGUUCAGUGGCAACAUCACCAUAUCGAACAGUUCACUUCAUCAGUGGAUUAUCACAGAUUUAAAUGAGUUUACAGACUACAACGUGGCGGUGGCAGCGGUGACAGGAGGAGGGAUAGGUAAUCUCACAGUCGCGCGAGUAUCUAAAACCUUUCAAGCAGCUCCAGCUAGACCACCGCUAGUCGGUUCUGUUACCGAAAUUUUCUCUGAACAUGUGGUCGUGUCUUGGCAGCCACCGUCGUCUACUUCCGUUAAUGGAAUAAUAACAACAUAUGAAGUGCGAUACAACUCAUCACAAUUUGGCGUGUUCGAAAAAUAUUUGAAUGUGAGCGCCGACAUCAAUCACAUCACUCUGUCGAGCCUAGAAGAGUACGUAUUGUAUGAUAUACAAGUGCGAGCAUAUACUCAAGUCGGACCGGGACCAUUCAGCGCACCGAUACACAUUAGAACUCUGGCAGCUCCCAGUGAUCCACCGACAAUUGUGACGAGUCAGACGAGUUCGUCUAGUUCGGUAUAUUUGAGAUGGCAGCCACCGUCUCCUUAUGCCUUCAACGGUAUUUUUCUGCGAUAUGAAGUCGCUUACUGGGAACCGUCACCGGAAGGUUCGGGCGGAGUCGGCUCUGCGGCAAACGUAGAAAUUGCCGAUCCCGGCCCACGUGACGCCACAAGUUUUACUAUCGAAGGACUCGAAAAAUUUACUUUCUACGAGAUAGAAGUUCGCAUUGUGACUGCAGGCAAUGUGGAAGGUGAAGAGUUGUACAGUUCUUGGUCGAGUGCGGUCACAUUGCGGACAGCAGAAGAUUUACCAGGAGCUCCCAAAAACUUUACUCUACUCUCCAUAUCUGCUCGUAGUGCCAUCGUAACUUGGAAGGAACCUUUAGAACCAAACGGUAUUAUUGUUGGUUACAUCGUCUUCGUCAUAUCAGCCAACUACAAACUGGCACAACCCGUGGAAGACUCUUUUUCACCUCACGUUUCUGUCACGGGAAACGAGACGUUCUAUUUACCGACAAGCAACCUGUCGCUCCAUUUGACAGACCUACACGCCUAUUGCGAAUAUCGGAUAAAAAUACAAGCGCAGACUUCUAUAGGAGCAGGGAGCGAGUCGUGGCUGUUGUUAGAGACACCACAAGACACUCCAUCUGGUCCGGUCAGAAAUCUUGCUGCGAGGACCGAGUUCACAGACACUCACACAGCAGCCGUCAACGUGUCCUGGCUCCCUCCUGUGUUGGACGACAGAAACGGUGUCGUGACCGCUUACAAACUCACUUACUCCACUAUCGACGGUAUCGCACCUUCGACUCUCCGCUACGUUCUGUAUAACGAUCUCGACUCAAACAAUGGUCAAGAAAUAGAGCGUAACAUUAUUAUCACGAAGCUGGACGGUCACCGUCAAUACGACAUUAUUGUAUCGGCAUGUAUUGAUGUCGACGACGGCAAGGUUUGUGGACCAGAAUCGUCAGUUAGUAUUUACACACUCGAAACAAUUCCUAUUGCCGGACCAAGGACGGUCGACGUGGUUGCACUGUCUCUGUCGAUGGUACUUAUAAACUGGACGGUACCGAUCGAAGAUGACGUAAACGGAGUUCUAACCGGUUACACUGUCUACUUGCGUUACUUCAAGGACGACGACGGUCGAGUGCUGGUGACAGAGGAGCACGUUGUACCUGCUAAUGCGACUUCUUCUCUUAUCACUGGAUUGGACAAUACACGAGACUAUACGAUAAGCAUAACGGCAUCGACUACUAUCGGAGAAGGCUCCGUCUCGAGUUUGCCUUCAAAAUUCACAACAAAUGUUCGUCAGUGUAACGAGUCCAAGUCGUGUACUGAACAGGAGGAGUGUCACCGGUCGGUCAACGGUUACGAUGUCUGUCUUUGUCCGGAGUCAUCCAGCAAUGCGGGUUGCCUUGUCGCACCGAAAGAGAUUUUUAAAAAGGAAUCGACGAGCAGCAAUAAUAGUUCUCUUAUCAUUUACAUUAGUGCCGGUGUCGGUGGUUUGGUGUUAUUAAUUUUGUUAGUCGCACUCAUCGCAGGUUGUUACAUUAAAAGACGUGAUUCUCACAGUGGAGGUUUUGCACCGGACGAUGAAGAUCACGAUAAAGAUUACGGCGAGCUGCCUCCAACUAGUGAACCGUUGUCUACUAUGCCUGGAUUUGGAGCGUCUACCAUGAUGGGUAAGCUUUCCGGAGGACACUUUGGCAUUUCGAAUCCUGUCUACGAACAGUUUAUGGAUGACGAGGGGGAUGCCGUCGAAGAAGCAGGACUCUAGUUAGCCAGUUGGGUUUUUACGUGUUGUAUUUGUCUCUAGCUAUUUACAGCUGUCUCAACUAUUGAGUCACAAUGACACUGCAGAUGUUGUCAAACUGUCUUGUCUAUUUGCAAGUGCGUUAGUCAAUAUUAGUUAGAACGUUGUCAAAAAAAUUAUUGCA